AUGUAUUACAUUGUAUUUCUAAUUUUCCUACUGAAAAUUACGUCUAUUUCUUACUCUUGGAGAUUGCAAGCAAGAUACCAGCUUUCGCCUCUUAGGUCAAGAUUCUCGGCAAAAAUUACACCCUCAGCAACAAGUGCAGAUCAUACACAUUCACCUGAACCAGAAGAAUUAUUGGAUCUAAACGAAAAGAACGUAGAAAAUGUGCUAGACAUAAUUCGCCCACAACUUGCAUUAGACGGAGGAGGUGUAAAGCUCGAAAGAAUCGUGGAUAACCACGUUUAUGUAAAAUUUACAGGUGCAUGUGUCGGAUGUCCAUAUCGCUCCGUAACUGUAAAGGGAGGUAUAGAGAGUACAUUGGUUCGAUUUUUGAAGUCUCCAAACGAUAAUCCGAUUAAAGUUGAACUUGUCCAAGAUGAUGACUGA